GGUCUGGCAACACUGCCUAGGUCACUCCAUCCAUGGUCACUCCUGUUCAGCUUUGUUCUGGCUUUGUUUAUGUUUCGAUUUUUGCCGGUUUUCUUGUGGAAGUUGAAGUGAUAAUUUGUGUUUUUUGAGCUUGAUUAUUUAUUUGGGUUCCCUUUCAUUAAAUAUUGUUCUACAAAUGGCUCAGUGCGCUGAGUGUAAACUGAACUUUUCCAACAAAUCUAACUUGAAAGUUCAUGUGAAAAGAAUACAUCCAGAUAAAUUAGACCAACUUUGCCCGAGAAAAAGGAAGCCUUUUGGGUCAGGUGCUGUUGAAUGCAAAGAGUGUGGUAAUAAAUUUACCAGGCAUGGUAAUUUGAGGUCCCAUAUUAAACAGAAACAUUCAGAUAAGUGUGAAGAAUUACUGGCCCGCUCAAAUACUAAAGAGUUUAUAUUAUGCGAGGAGUGUGGCAAUCAGCUCCAUUCAUUAGGACUUUUAAAAAAACAUAAAGAAUCUCAUAAAAUUAAGACAAUAAUACAAAUCAAAUGUCUUCUUUGCAAUUAUGUGGGAGGAUCUAGAGAUAUCUUAAUUGCACAUUACAACAAUGUACAUAAUUUCAAAAUUGAAAAUGAGACCCAUGAAUUUGAUUCAUUUGAAGCAUUCCAGUCUUGGAAAUCAAAAAUGGAAAGUGAAACUUUCUCAAGUUUUAUACAUAAAAGAACCAACAGGAAAAACCAAGCUGCUGUAAAGAUAGAAUAUUAUUGUCACCGAUCAGGAUAUUUUAAAGCCAGAGGAGCAAAUAUUCGUCAUCUAAAAACGCAGGGAUCCAAUAAGAUUAAUGGAUAUUGUCCGGCUAACGUUAAAGUGGUACUAAAAAACGGAAGAUAUUUUGCUAAUUACUGCAAAACACAUGUGGGUCACAAGCUGGAAGAAGAUGUAAGCCAUAUCUUUUUAAUGAAAACAGAGCGUGACCAGAUUGCUACAAUAAUAAUUGGUUCAAACGUACCCUUGCAAAUAACUUUGAAUGAAAUUCACUUCAAAGACGUCUCUAUAGAACAAAAAAGGUAAGACAGAAGAAAUUGAACCUGAAGAAACCUUCAACCGAAGAAACUGAUCUUUUGGCAGUAAAAUAAAACCAUUUUGACAAUUGGCCAUUUUUUUCACCAAUUAUAAUUUUUAUAGUAUUGUAGCAAUAAUUAAUUUGUUUAAGUAGUUGAUAAGGAUAUAAAUUUGAAACUGUAAACUUUCUACUCCUUGUCCCUUGCGUUGAACAUCAUUCUUAAUAAAUUUCUGUUUUAUUAUCA